AUGGUGUUGGACUUGGAUUUAUUCCGCGAAGACAAGGGUUUCGACCCGGCCAAGGUCCGGGAAAACCAAACGAAGCGGUUUCAAGAUGUCAAACUCGUUGACACCGUCAUCGAGAAGGACAAGUACUGGAGACAGCUUCGGCACCGCGCGGACAAUUUAAAUAAAUUAAAGAAUCUCUGCAGCAAGGAAAUCGGGGAAAAGAUGAGAAAGAAGGAACCGUGCGGAGAAGACGAGUCCGUACCAGCUGAGAUCUCGACUAACCUAGAUGAUCUUACUUCAGAUGACCUCAAACCCUUAACGGUUACCCUAAUUAAAAAGAUUAGAGCAUUAAUAGAGGAUGCCAUCGUCUCCAAUAGCCAAGAUUUAACGAAAACUGAAUUGGAUCGAAACGCUGCACUUAGGGAGGUUGGCAAUCAUUUGCACGAGUCAGUACCUGUAAGCAACGACGAAGAUGAGAAUAAGGUGGAAAGAACCUUUGGGGAUUGCAGGCAGAAGAAAAAGUAUUCACAUGUGGAUUUAAUUCAUAUGAUCGAUGGGAUGGAUGGAGAACGUGGUACGGCGGUAUCGGGUGGCAGAGGCUACUUUUUAACUGGGCCAGCUGUUUUCCUACAACAUGCACUCAUUCAACUCGCCCUUAGGAAGCUUUACGAUAAAGGCUAUAAACCACUUUAUACUCCAUUUUUCAUGCGGAAGGAUGCCAUGCAGGAAGUUGCACAAUUAUCACAAUUUGAUGAAGAAUUAUACAAGGUCAUUGGGAAAGGUAGUGAAAAGGGAGAUGAGAAAGAGAUUGAUGAAAAGUAUUUGAUUGCUACUUCAGAGCAACCAAUCGCUGCUUUCCAUCGCAAUGAAUGGAUUGCUGAGAAUGUUCUACCAAUUAAAUAUGCUGGUCUGUCGACGUGUUUCAGACAAGAAGUAGGCUCGCAUGGUCGAGACACCAGAGGCAUUUUUAGGGUUCACCAGUUUGAGAAGGUGGAGCAAUUCUGUCUUACUUCCCCUCAUGACAAUAAAUCAUGGGAAAUGAUGGAAGAAAUGAUCCAAAAUGCUGAAGAAUUUUAUCAGGAGCUCAAUAUUCCAUAUCGAGUGAUUAAUAUUGUAUCUGGGGCUCUAAAUCAUGCAGCUUCCAAGAAGCUUGAUUUGGAAGCUUGGUUUCCAGGCUCAGGAGCCUUUAGGGAACUUGUUUCAUGCAGCAACUGUUUAGAUUACCAAGCUAGGCGGUUAUUAGUCAGGUAUGGGCAGACUAAGAAAAUGAAUGCAACUACCGAAUACGUUCACAUGUUAAAUGCCACAAUGUGUGCAGUGACUCGUGUCAUCUGUGCCAUUCUUGAAGUUAAUCAGACAGAGACAGGAAUCACAGUGCCCAAAGCAUUAGCAUUGUUUAUGCCUACACAAUAUCAAGAAGAUAUACCUUUUGUUAAAUCUGCACCUAUUGAUGAAGCAGAAACGAAGAAGCAAAAGAAGCAAAAAGAAAACAUGACUAAAUGAGCGAAGAAUCAAUGACUAGUGUCUAAAUAACCUAUUCCGGCACAACUUGAUGUCUUAUACAAGUGAUCUUAAUGAUCGAUGAAUACUUUGCUUGGGCAUUCUGAAAUUAUUCACAGCAUACAUGGCAUUUAAAUAAGUUUAUUAUAAAAAUAUGUCUUGUUGCUUUACUUUUUUUUAAGCAACAACCACGACUUUGGUGUCUCUGCUAGAUGAGAUACACACUUUCUUACAAUUUUCAAUAAUACAUUAAGAACCAGUAUUGUCA